CUGAGGGUUAAAGUUACAAAGGGCCGCGACUGGCUUCUCGGCUUCCGUACUUAACGAUCGCAAAUAAGAAAAGCAGAGCAAGCGCAGAAAUCGUUGAUUGUGAUAAAGCGUCUUCAUUUGUGUUUUUAGCAAUAGCUUUUAAAACAAGUUUAACGGGCAAUGUUUUCUGUUAGAAAUGCGAUUCGAAAAGCUUUUACCCUCCCAGAUAAGAUUAAGUUAAAGAUUACGCCUAAGCUCCAUGCGUCACUCUCAACUGGGCCUCAACAACAAAACGGAACUUUCUAUGAGCUGCGUACCUACUGCAUCAAACCUGAACACAACAGCGCCUUCCUGAAGCUUACAAAUGAAAAAAUCCAACUGCGCACAGCUCAUUCCGAGCUCCUGGGCUACUGGAGCGUGGAGUAUGGUGGCCUCAAUGAGGUCUUUCAUAUCUGGAAAUAUGAGAGCUACGCCCAGAGGGCCGCAGUGCGGGCUGCUCUGGCCCAGGACCCAGAGUGGCAGAACCAGUACAUCUCAAAGGCCUUGCCUUUGCUCUCCUCUCAGGACAGCGAAGUCACGUACCUGGUGCCAUGGUGUGAGAUCGACAAGCCGUCCAAGGAAGGUGUCUACGAGCUGGUGACGUUCCAGAUGAAGCCGGGAGGCCCGGCUGUGUGGGGCAAAGCUUUCCGAGCAGCAGUCAGCACCCACGCCAAGGCCGGCUACGCCCACCUCGUCGGAGUCUUCCACAGCGAGUUUGGGCUUUUAAACCGAGUGCACGCUUUGUGGUGGUAUGAGGACGCAGACCGCCGGGCAGCGACGAGACGCGUAGCCCACCAGGAUGCCAGGGUGGUUGCAGCAGUGAGAGAGAGUGUGUCAUACCUGGAUUCCCAGAGGAACAAACUAUUAAUUCCUAUGGCUUUUUCUCCACUUAAAUGACUUUAAAAGACUCCAGAGUGCCAAGGCGUAAUGUAAAACAAACGUGCCUGCAGUUAACCGGUUUGUGCCCUUCGUUAUCAACAGGUUCAUUUAUGAGAUUUUGUGCUACUUAAGAGAUUAAAAUUUUUAAUUUGAUAGACCAUUCAUCUUGCCUGAAGACUGAUUUGAAGACCUGGAAAGUAUUGAAUAACGUCAGUCAUGUACUGUAUAAUUAUAAAGUUGAUCAGUCUAAAUAGUUUUGCUUUUUGCAACACAAAUGCUUGUUUUUAUAUACUCUUUGUGAUAAUGCCGUUACAAAAACUCUUGUUGUACUUUUGUCAGUUCAUGUAUUUGUUUCUUGAACUUCAGUUCUGAAAUAUAAUCAUGUUUUUCAAUUUAAAAUAAAGAUAAUAUAUCCCUCCAUCUCUAUUUGCAAUUUACUUUUCCUGGAUAGGGUUGAAGUAUAUAUUUCAAAUUUAAUAUAUUGUUGCAACACGUCUGACUUUGUGUUUUACACUUUAAGAAGAGCACUCUUCUGUAGAUGGUAAUCUUAUUCAACAGUGAUGUUGCUUUUCUGUCAUGCCUGUUGGUAGUGUAUAAAGGUAAAUUAAGACCACUGAAGGGACUGUAAGCGAAUUUGAUGUAUUUGUACAGUAUGUCAUUUUCUUAAGGAGUGUGCCAUGUUUGAUUUAAUUAAAUUAAUUUGGAAUAGAAACAAUCUUUUCAUGCCAGCGCUGCCUCAUCUGCCCUGCUGACGUGCUCAUUAAUUCUAUCCACUGUUGUCAGGAUCGGUCAAUUAUUCAUCUAAAAACGCCAGUCAUUUUUUGCUGAAUUUCAGGAAGAAAACUUUCAAAAAACUCUGCAUAUCAUAUAUUCAAUUUAUGAUUACAUUCAUCAGAAAAAUAAAAACAGGACA